GGUACGAAUAAAGUCCUACGUCGUUUACGUGGCAGAAUGUCUUGCUAAUAAAGGUAGACGGAAUUUAGUUGCUAUGUUAGUCUGAUUCAGUCUGUAGUCUGUGGCAAGUAGUGGUUUCUAUAAAAAAAAAGUGCCGUUAUGUCUCUCGAUCAGACAUUUGAAGCAGCCGCCUCAGGUGUGAAAAAUUUAACUAAACGACCAACCGACGAGGAACUCUUGGAAAUCUAUGCACUUUACAAACAAGCGACUGUUGGCGACGUUAACACGGAGAAGCCGGGUAUACUCGAUCCGAUGGGCAAAGCAAAAUGGGAUGCAUGGAGCAGCAAGAAAGGAACUUCAAAGGAUGCUGCCAAAGAAGCAUAUAUAGCACUUUCUGACAGUCUUAAAGCGAAAUAUCAAUAGUGAACUUUAUACGAAAAAAUGUAAAAUUUUGAUUAACCAAUUUUGCAAGAAAAAAAUAAAUUUCAUAAUUAUUGUUUUCAUCUUUAA